UUUUAUUAAAAAUACACAUACUUUUAGAUUUAUCUGUAUAUUAAAAUAACUUUGUUUUUACAGGAAAGAUGAUAAAGACUAUGCUUUAAAACAAAUAGAAGGAACCGGGAUCUCUAUGUCGGCAUGUAGAGAAAUAGCAUUACUUCGAGAGCUUAAGCAUCCAAAUGUCAUCUCUCUUCAAAAGGUGUUUCUGUCUCAUGCUGAUAGGAAAGUGUGGCUUCUGUUUGACUACGCUGAGCAUGACCUCUGGCAUAUAAUCAAGUUUCACAGAGCUUCUAAAGCAAACAAGAAGCCAGUUCAGUUACCUCGGGGAAUGGUGAAGUCACUGCUUUAUCAGAUUCUGGAUGGGAUUCACUACCUGCAUGCUAACUGGGUGUUGCACAGGGAUCUGAAACCUGCUAAUAUUUUAGUUAUGGGUGAAGGUCCUGAGCGAGGAAGAGUAAAAAUUGCUGAUAUGGGCUUUGCCCGAUUAUUUAACUCACCUUUGAAGCCUUUAGCAGAUUUGGAUCCAGUAGUUGUAACGUUCUGGUACCGAGCCCCAGAAUUACUUCUUGGAGCAAGACAUUAUACCAAAGCUAUUGAUAUUUGGGCUAUAGGGUGUAUAUUUGCAGAACUACUAACGUCAGAACCAAUAUUUCACUGUCGACAAGAGGACAUCAAAACUAGUAACCCUUACCACCAUGACCAGCUGGACAGGAUAUUCAAUGUAAUGGGAUUUCCUGCAGAUAAAGACUGGGAAGAUAUAAAAAAGAUGCCUGAACAUUCAACAUUAAUGAAAGAUUUCAGAAGAAAUACGUAUACCAACUGCAGCCUUAUCAAGUAUAUGGAAAAACAUAAAGUUAAACCAGAUAGUAAAGCAUUCCACUUGCUUCAGAAGUUGCUCACCAUGGACCCAAUAAAGCGAAUUACCUCAGAACAGGCUAUGCAGGAUCCCUAUUUCCUGGAGGAUCCGCUUCCCACGUCAGACGUUUUUGCCGGUUGUCAGAUCCCGUACCCAAAACGAGAAUUUUUAACAGAAGAAGAACCCGAUGACAAAGGAGACAAAAACCAGCAGCAGCAGCAGGGCAAUAACCACACGAACGGGACCGGCCACCCAGGCAACCAGGACAGCGGCCACGCGCAGGGACCCCCGCUGAAGAAAGUGAGAGUGGUCCCCCCGACCACUACCUCAGGCGGACUGAUCGUGACCUCAGACUAUCAGCGUUCCAAUCCACAUGCUGCCUACGCCAACCCUGGACCAAGCACAUCGCAGCCGCAGAGCAGCAUGGGAUACUCAGCUACCUCCCAGCAGCCUCCACAGUACUCUCAUCAGGCCCACCGGUACUGAGCUGCGCUGGACACUGUCCCUGCACUGCCGCUGGGCUGCGGGCCGGCCGCGGGCUGCGCGGGCGCCUGGCGCGAGCCCCGCGGGCGUGCUGUGCAGCCGGAGUCGGCGUCCAGGAGCCGAGUGCCACCACUUCUCGCAGACGGGGUGGUGGCUUCCAAGUUGUACCUGUUUGGAGUUAGACUUGAGGAGAAAGUGCUAGCACAGUUUGUGUUGUGGGUUUGCUACUUCCAUGGUUUACUUGACAUGGUUCAGACUGACCAGUGCGUUUUUUUCAGUGACAGUCUGUAGCAGUUGAAGCUGUGAAAUGCGCUAGGGGCAAGCAUUUGUCGUCAUGUGUGGUGAAUUCUUUCAGUGUAACAGCAUUACCUGACCAAUAGUACACACGCAUACACAAACGUUUAACUGGUACUUGAAACAUGCAGUAUAUGUAACUCAAACAAAAUAACCAAGACUCAGAAUGAGAUGAUUUCGAUACACCUUUCAUUUUAGUGUCUUAUCGGUGGGUUGAUUCAUUUUCUACAUUAAUCAGUAUUUUUUGACCAAGAUUGCUUGGAUUUUUUGAAAGUACAAAAAGCCACAUAGGUUUUCCAGGAAGGUUUCAAAACUCCCAAAGAUUAAUUUCCAACUUAUAAGUUGUUUUUAUUUUCAAUCUAUGACUUGACUGGUAUUAAAGCUGCUAUUUGAUAGUAAUUAAAUAUGUUGUCAUUGAUAUAAACCUGUUUGGUUCAGCAAACAAACUAAAAUGAUUGUCAUAGACAGUGUUUUAUUUUUCCUGUUGGUGUUGCUGACUUGUGAGCAUGCUUUAAGAUGAAAAAAGCAUGAAGAUAACUUCCUUAAAAAGGUGCGGCAUCCAAUUCAGAUAUUUUGUCCUGAUUUUGAAGCUGGUUGGUGUAGUGCUACUAAAAUUUUGUUCAGUUCAUUUUCUUUUUUAAAACUUGUUCGCACGUUGUUUAGGGUGCCCUUACUUCAGCAAAGGAGAAGGAGUAGGAGAGCCUUAGAAUUUUUGAGGAAAAAAAAACCCUAUAACAUACAAUGUACUGUAUCAAACUAUUUUACAUGAAUGACACAAGUAUUCUGAAUUUAAAAAAAUCGAACAUUGUUAAAAACAAGGUGUUAUGUAAUAAAUUUAUUUUUCAUAAAUCUAAA